AGCCCCCACUGCCGCCCGCCCUCCCUGCGCUACCCCCACGAUGGACAGGAACUACACGACCUCGGGCUUCGCCGACCCGCCGCCGCCGCCCGCGCCCCCUGUCGCCGCCAGCGCCGCCGCCGCACCAACCCCCGCCCCCGCCUGGGCCUACGAACCCGGAGCGGCGGUGGCCGCCGCUAGCAGCGGCAGCAGCCCCAUCCUCAAGGCCAGCUUAACCUAUGAAGAAGGACAUUCCUCACAUUCUGAAUCAGAUCUCCUUCAGAGACAGACUUUUGCAGCCCCACAUCAGCUUCCAGGAUAUGCUACCACACCUCAGCCAACAGGUCUUUCCGGACUCUUUGAUCCUAGUGUGAACAGUGCCAGCACUAACACUAAAGAAUCUUCAGUGAUGAAUUUUCUGUCUGCUGUUGAAUCUCGAACUGCACAAGCUGCUUCAUCAGGAACUACUCUUUUACCACAAUUCAGGGCUCCAUCCUGGCAGACAGGUAUGCAUUCCUCAACAGCAUCAGAGCUAUUUGUUACUGGACCUUUGCCAACCACUGGAACGCUUCCACCCUCUGCUCUCUCUGCCCUCUCUGCUUAUCAACAUCCUACCACCUUCAGCAAUAGAAACUUUGCUACCACCUCACCUUUGGUGCUUCAAGAUUCAGUUUUUAACACUACAUCAAAUGGAAUUCUAAACCCUCAUGACCCUUUACUACAAAUCAAGACUUGCCAGGGAACCGUUCCAUCUGCUUUGGCCUUUGAACGCCUGGGCAAUUCUGCACUAAGUAACAGUGUACCACCUCAGUCUUCAACUUACCGCUCCGCUCAAGAGUCUGCACCCCAUCUUUUACAACCUCAGUUUAGUUUGUUGCCUUCAGCACUUGGGGGAACCCAGCAAACUCCUCAAGCCUACAGCUCAACUCUCUUUACUAAUUCUACUGCUUCCAUUGAAAGAGCUCUUCUCAGAGAAUGUAGUGUUAUUAAACACCAUCAGCGGCCUUCAGGUACUAGUUCACAACUGACUGGUUCACAGCAUUCCUUACAGAGUUAUCUAUCAAAUGCAAGUGUAGUUAAUUUUCAGGAAACAACCAGGCAGUCAUCUUUAUCCUGUAGCCCAACUGGAGAUUCUACUCAGGUGAGCAAUGGAGAAUUGCAACAGAAGACUUCCCAGGUUUCAGUGGAACUUGCUCAGUCUUAUUCAUCUGCAAUUCCAUCAUCAGGUUAUCUUCCUUCUACUACAGAAGUAAAAAACUGUUCUACAAAACAACCACUAUCAUCAACUAAGAACCCCAAACCUCAGAACAUAAUUCCUCCUGUGCAAACACUAAGCUAUUCCAAACCCUUACAUAACCAGAGUUCUGUAAUAUCAGGCCAAGCACAAAUUUAUUCUACAGCGCAGCUACCAAGCCUUUUAUCAGUUAGUCAGUCCCAAAAUUAUGGUUUAGUACAGCCACAUAAUGUACCAUCUAUUGUUCAUUCACAGGUUUAUAGGUCCAACAAAGUUGAAAAGUUACCAUCCUUAUAUAAAACAUUGACUUUUUCUGGACCAUCACAGUCUUUAACUUCUGAAAAUCAGACACUAAAUUAUUCAUCUAGUCAGCAAGAGGUAUUAGCUUCAGUUACAAGUGCAAAUUACCCUGCUCAAACAAGAGAUCUGUCAUCCGUUAGCCAGUCUCAAAAUUAUUCAUCUGGUCAUUCUCAGGGUUUGUCUCCAGUUAGUCAGACUACAGUUAGUUAUUCAUCUCAAUCACAAGUAUUGUCUGUUGUUAGUCCUUCAGAAAGCUAUGCUUCUGGGCAGUCCCUGACAUUAGCAGCUCCUUCUCUUUCUUACACCUCUGCCUCUCGGGCUCAGAGUUUGCCAAAUUCUAGCCCAAACCAGAAUUACAUUUCUAUGCAUUCUUCUCAGAAUGUUCAGACUCAAGACUCAUCAUCUCCCCAGGCUCAAAAGUUUUUGCCUUCUGUCCAGCCAUCAUCUUUUGCAUCCUCUACUCAUUGUCAGACAUUACAGAAUAAUAUACCUUCUCCUGAUCCAAAGACAUAUGCUGAAAGAAAACUCGAUUCAACGGUAUAUACAACUUCAAAGCAAGAAAAUGAUUUUCCAGUGCAAGAGAUACAGGUACUACAACCACAAGUUUCUCUUGAGUCAUCAACCCAGAGGGUAUCUGAUGGAGAAAUGAAUGCUCAAGAAUCAGCCUAUAAGGUGUCAAAGGCAGAUGAUAGAUACUCUCAGAGUGUAAUCAGAAAUAAUUCCCAUCUAGAUGAUCAAGUUAUUGGGGCUGCUUUACAGGGGUCAAAAAAAGAAGAAAGUGUGAUUGACUCAGUGACACAACGUAACCAACAAAUAGGCAAACUCAAUAACGCAACAGCCCUUGACAUUAAGAAAACAACUAAUUUAAUGCAAACAUCACAAGUAAUGUUGAAUACUAAAGACCUAAACCAGCAACAUUCCCUUAUACAUAAGGUACAUGAAACCAAGGCUCCAGAGCAGCAUGAUCAAAUGAUUACUGCUUCAUCUCAGAUUCAGAUUCCAAAUCAUGCUUUUGGGCAUGGCCAUCAGGCAUCUCUUCCUAACACACAAGUCCUUUUAGAUUCUACCUGUGAUUUACAAAUUCUUCAACAGUCAAUAUUGCAGGCAGGUUUAGAUCAGGCAAAAGUAUCUGUACAAGUACAGCGUGUUCAGAGUCCUCAACAAAUAGUACAUCCAUUCCUUCAAAUGGAUGGUCAUAUUAUUCAGAGUAAUGGUGACCAGCAGCAGCAGCAGCAGCUCCAUCCUCAAAAUUCUGAAAUUCUGAAAAUGGACCUUUCUGAGUCUUCAAAACCAUUACAACACCUAGCAACAAAGGAUCAUUUUAGUACAAGUCAACAUGACUCAAAGAAUCAGUUUGUUUCUCUUGGAUCAAUAUGUUUCCCAGAGGCAAUGCUUCUUGGUGAUGAAAGAAAUAUUUUAUCAAAUGUAGAUGAUAUUUUAGCUGCUACAGCAGCAGCUUGUGGGGUUACUUCUGAUUUUUCCAAGUCAACUUCAAAUGAGACCAUUCCAACUGUGGAAACUGGUGAUUCAAAAUCUCAUUUUCAGCGAUCACUAGGUGGUGGUCCUGUGACUUCAGAUUUUAACACAGUUACAACUACUGUAGGAAAGUCACAGAAUAUGAAUGACAUUUCUUUAAAUGGAAAUCAAGUUACUGUAAACCUCUCACCAGUACUUAGCCUGCAGUCAAAAGUGACACUUGACCAACACAUUGAAACACCUGGUCAGAAAAAAGCAACUUCGUUAGUCAUUGGACCAAGCCAUGAAAUUCAGGAACAAAAUCCCGGCUCAUUCAAAAAGCAGUCUGCUACCAAUCAUGAAUCUGAAGAAGACAAUGAGGCUCCUAUUGAUAGUGCAUUAAAUAAUAGAAACCAAGAAUUUGUUUCUAGUAGUAGAAGUAUAAGUGGAGAGAGUGCUACAUCAGAGAGUGAAUUCAUCUUAGCGGGUGAUGACAGUGUUUCUAUGAAUGCUACCAGGAGUACAUUUUCACUGUUGACGAUGGCCCAGCCUGGGGAUGCAAUCAGUGUCAAAACUGAAGAAGAAAACCAAGAUUUAAUGCAUUUUAAUGUCCAGAAGAAAAAAAAUAAGGGGAAAGGGCAAACUAAAGAUGAAGGCAACAAUAAUCUGAAACAGCUGAAAAGGCCUGUUCCAGGUAAACGCCAAACACCAAGGGGAACAGAUAUGUAUUUGCCAUAUACUCCUGAAAGUUGUCAGGAAGGUGAUCAGCAUCAAGAGAAAAUGAGACAGAAGAUCAAAGAAGUAGAGGAAAAACAGCCAGAAGUCAAAACAGGAUUUAUUGCCUCUUUCUUAGAUUUUCUGAAAUCUGGGCCCAAGCAGCAAUUUUCUACUCUUGCUAUGCGAAUGCCCAACAAAAGUAGACGACCAGGGACCCAGAUUGUUCGUACAUUUUGUCCCCCUCCAUUUCCAAAGACUUCAUCUCUAACACCUACAUCGCUAGUGUCUGAAACGGGGGAAAACAGUUUAUCAGAAAAGGUUGAUAAUGAACUUAAAAACUUGGAACAUUUAUCUUCAUUUUCCUCUGAUGAAGAUGAUUCUGGAGUAUGCAGUCAGGAUAUUUAUAAAGGCACCUCUACUUCCUUACUGACUUGGGAUGCUACUUCUGAUAAAAAAAAGAAAACAGAAGCCUUACAGGUGACAACCACUACCACAACUGCCAGUACUACUGGUAAUGUUACUACUUCCUCCACCACUGUGGGAGCAGCUAAACAAGAACCUCUCCACUCUACUUCAUCUGUGGCAAAUAUCCUGGAAAACAUAAACUCUGCAGAACCCCCAAAGCCCACUGAACUUGAUGGUCUUCCUUCAGAACAGUUUGCAAAAGGACAAGACAAUGUUGCCAUAGAAGGUUUUACAGAUGAGGAGAACAUAGAAAGUGGAGGAGAAGGCCAAUAUAGAGAACGGGAUGAAUUUGUGGUAAAGAUAGAAGACAUAGAGACUUUUAAGGAAGCCUUGAAAAUAGGAAAAGAACCCCCAGCUAUUUGGAAAGUACAAAAAGCUUUAUUACAAAAGUUUGUUCCUGAAAUUCGAGAUGGGCAAAGAGAAUUUGCUGCUACAAAUAGUUACCUUGGAUAUUUUGGAGAUGCAAAGAAUAAAUACAAAAGGAUAUAUGUGAAGUUCAUUGAAAACUCAAACAAAAAGGAGUAUGUUAGAGUAUGUUCCAAAAAGCCGAGAAGUAAGCCUUCACAGCCUAUCAGGCCUGUUUCAUCAAAGCCAAGUAGUAGCAAUAAAACUUCUGAUCCUCCACCACCAAAACCUACAACCACUAAAGCCCCUUCCAUAAAACCCAAAGUUAAACAGCCAAAAGUGAAGGCUGAACCGCCACCAAAGAAGCGGAAGAAAUGGAAAGAAGAAUUUUCAUCAUCUCAGUCUGACUCAUCACCUGAAAUCCAUUCUAGCAGUAGUGAGGAUGAGGAAUUUGAUCCUCCAGCUCCCUUUGUCACUCGUUUUUUGAAUACAAGAGCAAUGAAAGAGACCUUUAAGAGCUACAUGGAAUUGCUUGUUAGCAUUGCUUUGGAUCCUGACACAAUGCAAGCCCUGGAGAAGAGCAAUGAUGAGCUACUUUUGCCUCAUAUGAAAAAAAUAGAUAGCAUGCUGAAUGAUAAUCGAAAGAGACUUCUUUUGAAUCUUCAUUUGGAUCAGUCAUUCAAGAAUGCUUUGGAAAGUUUUCCUGAACUAACAAUAAUUACUCGAGACUCUAAAGCAAAAAGUGGGGGAUCUGCUAUUUCUAAAAUCAAAAUGAAUGGCAAAACUUAUAAUAAGAAAACUCUAAGGACUUCUAAAGCAACCACUAAAUCUACACAAGAGUUUGCUGUUGAUCCAGAGAAGAUACAGUUAUAUUGUUUAUAUCAUUCACUCCAUCAUUAUAAGUAUCAUGUUUAUCUUAUUUGUAAAAAUGAGAUCUCCUCCGUGCAGAAAAAAAAUGAAGAUUUAGGACAGGAGGAAAUUGUUCAACUUUGUAUGAAAAAUGUAAAAUGGGUGGAAGACCUAUUUGAAAAAUUUGGAGAACUUCUAAAUCAUGUACAGCAGAAAUGUUCCUAACGUCCACAAGCAUCCCAUCAAUUGUAAAGCACUAAUAAAACGGCAGAGAGCAAGUGGUCAAAAGGGCAUAAGGCUACACUUAACCUGUGUCAAGCAGCGGUCUCCUGCUGGCACCCCUACUUUGUGGAAUUUGUCUCAUGACCUCUGCUACAGAAUAGUGAGAAUAGUGGUGCUGCCAAGGAAGUGUCCAGUCCUUCAGAAAUGGACCUGAAUUCCACCACAUUUGUAUCUGAAUGAUUUUUCUAUUUUGUAAAUCAUUGAGCAAUUGAACUUUAUUUUCAGAAAUGUUUUUUGACAAAUGAAGCAUGCACUAAAUAUAAUUAUUUUUUAUUAUUAUUAUUUUAUUAUUGUUUUUUUUACUGCUAGAGAGAUAAGACUUUACUUGAUUUUUCUUCCUGACUCUGACUAAACACCAGAAUGAGAGAGGGGUGGAAAAAAAGCGUGUUUAUAUUCAUGUCUGGCUGAAGAACUGAAAGUAUUGUAUAUUGUGUAAACAGCUCUGUGCUAAGUGACAUUCUGUAUGAGAUUUUCAUCAAUUUAAAAUAUAAAAUUCAGAAACUGCAUUCUGCUUUAUGAACUCUUUUUACUCUUAACAUGUUCAGGAAACUGGAUGUGGAAUUGGUGCAAUUAUAUGACUGCUUUUUGUGUCAAAUUAUAUUAUGAUGAAACAAAAUGGCAUACUAUUUUCCCUAAGUCAAAGAAAAAUAUUUUUUCCUUUAUACUGUUUUUCUUUGGGAAAAUUUCCAGUUGUAUGUUUUAUUUCACUAAUAGUUGUAUAUUUUACAAGAAAAAUAUCUUGGUUAUAAUUACGUUCGUGUAUCUGUACUACACUUUCAUUAUUUUCAGUAAAUCUUAUUUAGUUACAUAUUGAAUUUGUAUUUUGAAUUCUAUCUUUAGGUACAGACUUCUGCUUAUACAGAUUUGCUUCAGUGUUACCCAGAAUAUGCAUUCAGUGCUAGAAUUAGUUUAGCUUUAUAAAUGGAGUUUUGUUAGACACUGCAGUGAUUUUCUAAUUCACGAACAUGAGUUUCUCACUAAACUAGUCUUUCAUGAACUGAUUUAUUGGAAUGAAAGUCUGACUACCUUAUACAUUUCUGCAGAAUAAAUUUCAUAAUCAGAUUACAUGCAGUGUUAUACACAGUUUAGGUAAUUCUUAGAACUGGAAGCAGCAGAGUUCUCUUUUGGUGCCUUUCCAAUCCUUACCAGUUACUGUGCUUUCUUUAGUUGGAUCUGUAACUAUGUUUCAAGUAGAUUAGCUGAGACUGAAUGUAUUAGGUUCAACAUGACCUUGUGUUUUAUUUGUUUGCCAACAGGAUGCCUUAUUUGCUGGAGAAAAAUAUCUACUAGUGUCCUAGAUGAUCUCCUUUUUUAGGAUCCUGAAGAAGUUGUUAAUCAUCAUAUGUUUAUUUCACCACCACUUAGUGCCUUAAAUCAUAUCAAGAAAGCAGUGUUACUGCUCAAUGCCCAGAAAGGAUGUGCUUAUAUGGAUUUUGCUGUUGUCUUGGCUCCAAGUUAAAAGUCCAGUUAUAUUAAAACUUAAGUAAAUAGGCAAAAAAGUAACUCAUGACUUAAUUGGAGAAUGAAAGAUUGUAGCUUUGAGCAAAACAUAUGUGAGUUAAACUUACAUUUUUAUUUCUGGUGGUUAUUUUAUUAAAAGCAAUAAUCCUUAAUCCAAUAAUCCUUAUACAUGCCAUCAGACAAGAUACUCAAUAAUAGAAUUUUCUCUCAAGGAUAAAUGACACAUUUCAGAAAGUUUUCUUAAAAAAAAAAAAAAAAACCUGUUGAGUCAGUUUGUUGGAAACAAAAGUAACUAGAUUCAUGUUGCCUAACACAGAUGAGAGACUAUCAGCAGUGAGAGUAUCAUAAAAUUAAUUUUGCCAAGUGAGGAAGAAUAAAUAGGAAUCAGCCAUAUUUCUUUCUGAUACUUACUCUGGACAGAAUUGAUUUCUUUCCAAAUUGAAGAGCAGAUAACUACUUUUCCUAAUGAAGAAGUGUUAGUACACAUCUGUACAUUAGUACAUAUUAGUAGACACCCCCAGUUAAUUUUCCUGAAUCGUUGAUGGGGAUAUCAUCUUGCAUUUAGAUAACACUUUUAAAGUACAUGCUUGUUGAACUCGAUACAGUUUCUUCAUAAUUUCCCUGAAAAACGAACAUUACCUUAAAGCUAACCUUAUGUUUUCUGUAAAAAAAAAAAAAAAGCCGUGCCCUUUUCAACUAUUGUUGCCCUCAACAGUUUAGUAAAACAAGUGUUUUAUAAUAUCAGAAGCCAAGUCUAUGGCCUACUUUGGAGGAGACCCAGUUGUUUUACACCAUCUUUUCUCAUCUGAUUGAUAUAGGCAAAGACAUGAAACUUAGGCCUUAGGAAAAAGUGACACCUUUAUGACAACCAUACCUGCGUCCUUUCAUUGUGUGAAGGCGAAUACUUAGCUGGCUAGUAUUCACAUUACUUGUCAGGGCUUUGCAAGUUAUAAUAUAGGAGUAACUUUAAGUUGUAGAUAAGAGUUUUAAGAGGUAAAGCACAUAUUGCUACAAUGUAGGAAAUGAUUUUUAAGAUACUGGAUUUUCUACCUACAGAUAUCUGGAACUAAUAUAAAAAAAUCAUUUUGUGUUGGAAUUUAUUUCUUCUCCAGCAUAGGAUUUUGAGAAGAGGCUCCUGUUCUCAUUUCAUGAUAGCCCAGUCUUCACUUACAUGGUCCUCUAGGGAAGUCAUAAAUUUAUAAUGAUUUAUUUAUGAGCUGUUAUAGAAAAAUGGAAAUUGCCAGUUUUCUAUUGUUCUAUCAAUUAAAAAGCAUUGGGAAAUUAAAAUUAGAACAUUAGAAAAUGUUUUAAAAAAUCAAUUAAAAAGCAUUGGGAAGUUAAAAUUAACAUUAGAAAAUGUUCAGAAUGUUCUAACUUUCUAAAACUUAAAAAAAGAGAAUAGAUGUCUCAUUAUCAUUUAAAAGUUUUAGGAAACUUUGAAAACUGCUAAUGUGUGAGACAUCCAACACAUAACACGAAAAGUCUCACAUUCCUUUUAAUAUAUUUAUUUUCAUUAAAGCAGCUGUUUUCCAACUAACGACUUUGGAAUUAUGCCCAUAAAUCUAUCAUAGUGAAUUACUCAAUCAGUUUGGGGUCACAAAGUUUACUUCAUAUGUGCAGGUUGUGAAUGUUAUUGUAUUUGUAGGAUACAGUUUUUGUUUUAAACUGUAGUUCCAUUUGUCUCUCAAAAAUGCUUUUCAAAUAGUGUGAAAUACCCCAGGAAAACUGCUUCUGUGUCAGUUGCUCUUUACACAAAACUGCACAGUGAACAAUGUAUACUAUUGGUUGUGCAUUAACUUAUAUGUACAACGUUUGGCAUCUGUAUUCACAAAUGCAUGUUUUUACAAAUCACAUUUAUUUAUGGCUGGCAAUUGUUGAAAUUAAGGACACAAAUCUACAUUUGUAGUCCAGAGUUUUAAGUUACCAUAAUACAAUGUAUGGAAAUGUGAAAGACAAUUUUGUAUAUUUGUUUGUUACUAACAGAUCAUUAAAAUGGAAAAAAAAAUUAAAGAACAAAA